AUCUCGGUAUGAGGACUUCCUGUCGGGAAAGACUCCACAGCAUCAUCAUCACCGUUCAGUUCCCAAACAAACUUUACCAUCUCACACUCCAAUCCGCAACUUUUCCUCCAGCACGCUCCAUCGAAAAGUCCCGUCGCCAGCAAGAUCCGCUGGGAAAACAAAAGCAGAAAUGUCCCCUCCGUCCGCACGGCUUCAAACCAAACCCGUGAUAACAUGUCUGAAGACGUUUCUGAUCUCGUACAGUCUGAUUUUCUGGUUCACAGGAGUGAUCUUGUUGGCUGUUGGAGUAUGGGGAAAGGUUAAUUUGGAGUUUGACCUCCUCCUGACUUCAGACAAGGGCACCAAUGCACCAUAUGUCCUCAUUGGGACCGGAGCCAUCAUCAUCAUCUUCGGGUUGUUCGGUUGCUUUGCUACCUGCCGUGGAAGUCCAUGGAUGCUGAAGCUGUAUGCUAUGUUCCUGAUGGUUGUGUUCUUGGCUGAACUAGUGGCAGGUAUAUCCGGCUUUAUUUUCAGACACGAGAUUAAAUCAGUGCUUCAAGGUGUCUAUAAUAAAGCUGAAUCAGUCUACAGUGGUAAGGGCAAUGAAGAUCUGGACAGAAUCCAGAGAACACUGCAAUGCUGUGGAGAGAAGAACUACACCAGCUGGGCAAACACGGAUUACUUCAAAACCGAGGGCAUCCCCAAAAGCUGCUGUAACAUAACUGCUGGUGGAAACUGCCCUUCUGCAGAACUUAAAGAUCUUAACAAGGCUGCAUUAGUGGUAUAUCAACGGGGCUGUUUCUCCAUGAUGACUACAACAUUGGAGGCCAAUCUUGGAAUUAUUGCUGGAAUUUCUUUUGGAAUUGCGUUCUUCCAGGUACUCAUCGUGUCCAACUAG